CCAAUACUACACCCGAUCAUAUCAUAAAGGAAGAUAUACGCGAACAGCGAACUACACACGAUCAUAUCGGAGGAAGAAAGGUCGUCGUCUUCCCAAAAAGGAAGAAGAAAACUCGUCGGUCGCCGGCGACGAGAUCUGUUUCCGAGUUUCCUCCAGCGAGAUCUGUUUCCGAGUUUCCCUCCGACGAGAUCUGUUUACGAGCUCUGUAGCUGCACAUAGAACAUAUCAGGUGGUGCAUGCGGAAAGAGAUUUGAAGCAGGCAGUAAACCAGUAGUGAAAAAGCCCAAACUCAUGCAUAUGCCACCGGAGCUUUUAGUCAGCAUUGAAGUGCCAAUAUCUAUGAUAAAAUCACUUUACUUGCUACCAUCAAUAAUACGUAUAGUGAAGUCUCUAAUAUAGUUAUCAAGAUCUUCCUUUCCUGAGGAAUUGUGUUCCGAUUUUGAAGAAUCCAUUCAGUGGUUCUGGAGAAUCUAAUUAGUGGUUUUCAAUGCUUGUAUUUGGUUCUGUUUCAUCCACUUUCAGCUGUUUAUUGGGUAGUGGGUUUUGGUAAAUUCUUGAUUUUCUUGUUGGGGGCUCCAGUUCAGUUCAGUGCUUCCUUGAUCCAAUCUGAAUCAACGUGCAUCAGAGAUUAGUUCUGUUUGUGGGGAAUUGUGGAGGAACCAGCCCAAGAUGUGGUGGUGGUCGGCUGACUACCCCGCCCAAAAAAGAUAAUCCGUAAUUUCCCUUGUUUUACAACAAUCUCCAAAAACAACCCAAAUAAGCCAAAAACUUAAACAAUAAAAGCUAAGCACAUUUGAUUAUUAAACCAACGAAAAUGACCGAACGUGCUACUAACACCCUAGUCCUCCUGUUCUAGAGAGAGAGAGAAGGAAAGAGAAUGCCGUUCAUAAGCAAGAUACAGAGGCAAUCAGAUUACAGUCUCUUCCCGUCAAGUUGUCCGAUCGUCAUCGACAAUGGCGCCUCCUACUUCCGACUUGGAUGGGCAGGAGAAACUGAUCCUCGCAUUAUCUUCCGGAAUAUCGUUCAGAGGCCACGCCUUAAAACUACCGGUGAAACUGUCACAAUUGUCGGAGACCAUGAUCCUGCAUUGAUGAAAUACUUUGAUUGCACACGGUCAGGACCUCGUUCAGCCUUUGAAAGCAAUGUUGUCUUCCAGUUUGAGAUAAUGGAAUAUAUUCUUGACUUUGGGUUCGAUAGGUUGGGUGCAGAUCAAGCAGAGAUUGACCAUCCUGUCCUAAUUACAGAAUGUGCAUGCAACCCAGUACAAUCUCGCAGUAAAAUGGCAGAACUUCUGUUUGAGUCUUAUGGAGUUCCUUCUGUUGCAUUUGGUGUGGAUGCUGCAUUCAGCUACAAGUAUAAUCAGCAACUUGGGGUUUGCAAUAAAGAUGGUCUUGUCAUCUCCACAGGAUUUUCCACAAGCCAUGCCAUCCCAUUUGUCAAUGGAGAACCUGUUUAUGAAGCAUGCUGCCGAACAAAUGUUGGUGGAUACCAUGUCACUGAUUACUUGAAGCAACUUCUUUCACUUAAAUAUCCUCAUCACAUGUCUAGGCUUACAUGGGAGAAGGUUGAAGACCUGAAAAUGGAGCACUGUUAUAUUGCGCCCGAUUAUUUAUCAGAAGCUCGAUUAUUUCAGAAAGGGACCAAGGAAGCCGAAGAGAAGACCAAGUGUUGGCAACUCCCAUGGACACCAUCACCCACUGAAGAGCCGCCAUCAGAAGAGGAGAUUGCUAGAAAGGCUGCUCUUAAGGAGAAACAAGGUCAGAGGUUGCGCGAAAUGGCUGAGGCAAAAAGGACUUCUAGGAUAAAUGAACUAGAGAAUGAAUGCAAGGGUCUGGAAUUUCUACUACAUCAGCUGAAACAUGUCAAAGAUAGUGACAUUCCAUCUUUCCUGUCAGAGACUGGGUAUGUCUCUAAGCAAGAAAUAGAAGCUGCUCUUGUGAAAGUUACACAAUCUUUGCGGAAGGCAAAAGGCGAACAAGCUGAUACUGAGGAGAAGACAGAUCCUACCUCAACUGAAAAGUAUUCGAUGGUUGAUAUACCUGACAAUAUGCUGACGCCUGAGCAGCUCAAGGAGAAGAGGAAGCAGGUGUUUAUCAAAACCACAUCUGAGGCCCGACAACGAGCUAAACAGAAACGCUUAGAAGAGGAAUUAGAACGGGAAAGACAAAACAAACAAGAUGAAGAAAAAAGAUUAGAGAACCCGGAGCUUUAUCGGGAGCAACUGCGCACUAAGCACAGAGAGCUUUCUGAGAAAGUUGAGCAACGAAAACGACUCAAGACAAAUGGUGGCCACACGAAUGGAAAUAAUAAUGGGACCGGUGGUGUUGGCCGUGGAGAAAGAUUAAAUGCUGCCCAAAAGGAAAGGAUGCGUCUCUUGACAACAGCGGCAUUUGAUCGGGGGAAGGGUGAGGAUACUUUUGGUAUUAAAGAUGAAGAUUGGCAACUGUACAAACUGAUGAGCAAAGAUAAUGAUGAUGAUGAUGAGGGACCAGAUGAGGAUGAAGCUGAGUUGGUUCGCAUGUCGGCUAGGCUCAAGGAAAUAGACCCAACUUUUCUUCCCAAGUUGGAAUCAGUGUCCUCUUCCGCUGAGGUUCCACGAUUACGUCCUCUUACUAAGGAAGAUUUCCAAAUCGUCCUUGGGGUAGAAAGAUUCCGGUGCCCUGAAAUCCUGUUUAAUCCAAACUUAGUUGGGAUUGACCAAGCGGGGUUGGAUGAAAUGGCUGGAGUCUCAAUGAGGAGGCUGCCAACAAGGGGUCAAAGUGUGGAUGAGAGAAUCACCAAUUCGAUCCUGAUGACAGGUGGCAGCUGUCUGUUCCCUGGAAUGGCUGAGCGUUUAGAAGCUGGAAUCCGGAUGAUCCGGCCGUGUGGCACACCGAUACAGGUUGUCAGAGCAUCCGACCCGAUCCUCGAUGCGUGGCGCGGAGCUGCUGCUUAUGCUGCUGCCAUGCAAUUCCCUCAACAAACAUUCACUAGGAUGGAUUAUUAUGAGAAGGGUGAGGAUUGGCUACGGGGAUAUCAAAUGAGGUAUACCAUAUGACUUGAUGGUGGCUGUUUGCACAGCGAGAAUGAGAGUAGUUUUUUGACCACCCGGAAUGAGUGAGGAUGGUAAAUUGCAAUUUAAACGAACGUUUGUAGUAGAGCGGGGAUUUGUCCCUCUUGAACAUUUGCAAUUUUUUGUAAUCGAGUUUUCAUUUUUCAAA